AUGGGAGGGAAUAUUGGGGAAGACAGAAAUUACUCUUUCGAUGAUCUAGACCUCACAGGGUUUGAUAAUGACGAUAUUGUUGCUUCCUUAGCUAGCAGUGCAAAUGUGGCGUCGCAUGAGAACUUUGAUACUAUUUUCAACAAUGUCGAUGACGUUGUUCCUCUAACAACUGAGACUAGGAAGUCAAGUGAGACUUUUGAAACUGAAACUCCAACAUCCGGGAAAAUGGUGUCUGCUUCAAUUCCUAUGGAGACAGUUAUAGGAUGUUCCCCUUCUGUAUCUGCUUCUCCUACUACUGAACUGUUUGUCAGUGUUUUUACUCCACAGUCUGACCAGCCCCCGUCGAAAAGGCAAAGAAGAGAUUUGAGGCAGGGCAAAGUAAUUGCAAGAAUUGUCAGCAGCCUCCCAGUACCACCAGUUACUACUGCUACCACCAGACUCACAACAACAAAGAUGUUUCCAACAAGUCCAAGCUCGUUGUUUAGUGUCGGUGAUUCCUCUGCACCACCUGGUUUCUCAAUUCCAAGAUAUAAUCGUGAUGAUGCAUCCGAAAGGUUGGCUUUUCACACGGCCGAAGAACAACUUCUAACGCCAGAUCCUCGAGGAAAGGGUGUUUCUAUUGAAGAAGGUGGUUCUAGGGGUGAUAAUCUAACCCUUUCUGGUUUGCAAAAGGAAAUUUCGGUUCUAAGCCAGAAGAAUAUUAAGUUAGAUAUACAAGUGAAGGAACUUCGUGCUGAGAAUGCUAAGCUUAAUAUUCAAGUCUCCAAGUUGCAAUCUGAUAAGUCUAGUCUUGGGGUACAAGUGGCUGAGCUUAAAAAGGAUAAAAAGUUGAAGUCUAAGCAGAUCUCUGACUUGAAAGAUCACUUCAAUCUGCUAACUUCAAGUUAUUUUGAACUGAAAAAGAAACUUGAAGAAGACUUUGGAGAUAAGUAUCAAACAUCUGUUGAAGAACAAAGGAUCACUCUUCAUGUGCAAGCUUUCCCAGUUGAUGUGCCUGUCGGUCAAUCAUCUGGUACUGCUAGUCGUGGUGAUGAUGCACCUCCUCUGGCUCCACAUAUAGUAGAAACCAUAUGUCGUGAUCAAGAUGAAGAAGAAACGAAAGGGCAAUUACUGUUCAAGAGGAACUCUAACCUAAAUGCUUCUUGCUGUUAUUGA